AAUUGAUCCCCGCGCCACAGGGGUGUCGCGGGUAUGCCGACGCCCCACUAAACGCGUCUUGGGGCACGCUCUGCCCAAGCUAACGCGCGGCCAACAUCCAGACCUCCAGCUACAUUGGGUAUCAGUCAGUCACUUGCCUAUGAACCCACCAUUGCCAGCUCGAUUCCGUUGAAGAUGAAUACGGAUAUAAGUGACUGAAUCAACCGUACUUUGAACCUAUAUCUGACUGAGAUUUCGCCAAAUGCCAGCUCAAACUCGCGCGCGGGCAACACCCGCUGCGCCGGCAUCAGGCGUCUAUGAAUCAACACCCACUGCUCGUCAAGUCCAGUUUCCUCCUCGAAGGCGAAAUGUCCGAACAUAUGGUCGCACCUCGACUCCCACGGGAAUGUCCCGCCUUUUGCGCCAGCAAACAUUGACCCAGCUUGAUUAUGUACAGCAAACCCCACCACCGGCGGACCUACGAGUGGAAGAUGAGGAGGGUGAAUUACCCAGAACAGUGCCAAGGGCAGCGCCAAAGCCGAAGAAACAAAAACAGACUCGUAGCAAGAGAAGAAAGACACUGGGCGACGCACCGAGUUCGACCUUGCAUACCCAAACCAUGACCCAGAUGUAUUCCAUGACGACAAAGAAGGAGCAGGAUAACGAGCUGCGUAUCGAGAACUCUCAAGACGAAGGUGAUGAGGAUGAGCUGGGGCCACCACAGCUGCCAUCAGCUAGCAUAAUCAAAAAGGAACGAGCUCCGGAGAAGAAAGCAACAAGGACGGCUUUGUCCGACCCGCAGACCCCCUCAACCAAGCGCAUCAAAGUCAAUCUCGAUGAAGUUCCCUCGUCCCAGCCAACACCAUUCACUCCCAUGCUCGCAAAGUACACACUGGGCUCUGUACUCUCUCCGCUUCAGGAUAAGUCCACCAAUGUUGAUGCUCCAGCUCCUACCGUGGAGUCGGUGACCAAACGCCCUCGAGAUCUGGUUAUCGAAGACAGCUUCAGCCCAGGCGGAGGGCUCCCCUCCUCAUCUUCAAUGCUGGAGGGAACUCCUGAACAGGCGAGGUCGUCACAAAAGAGGAAGAGGCAGCCCCUGGCCGAAAUAUCGCUCCCUAGUAUGGAGCUUGGACAUGAUGACAAUUCCACUACUGAGCCCACCCCAACGAAGAAGAGCUGCCGGGAAAUACCAGACUCCGACGACGAGCUGGCGAGCAUUAGUUCAACACCGUUCCAGACUCCCCAGAAAUAUCAAGGGACGGUUGGUGAGGCGGGAUCUGGUUCUAAGCUGCGAUACCCCGGUGGUGUUCCCAACAGUGGUCUAUCGAACAAGGAGAAUCGGACUCCCCGUUCAGGGCAAAAGAACUCGAGAGAUUCCGCCACAAGUGAUGAUGAAGCACCAGGGACACCGACACCACCAGAUAAGACGGUCACGAGAUUGUCUUCACAAAAGAGACGGACAACACAGCGGUCGUCACAGAGGCGUAUGUCACAGAGAUCAGCAUCCAAAACACCAAUACCACAAAAUAAGGCUUCGGCGCCGGUUGAGCAAGCGCAGGAUGACGACUCGACUGCUAGUGAGGAUGGGUUGUCAGAAUUGUCUUGCACUCCACCCAAGCCGUCAAGUCCAAGGGCGAAAACACCAACCCCGAGGCAUAACAAGGAGCCCAAUGUUUUACGGUCUAUUCUACGGAAGACUGCUGAGCGAGCUGCCCACACGAGUCCGGCCAAGGGUGAAGGAGGGAACACGACUCCUCAGUUCCUGACAUCAGAGUCCUCAACUGACCAAGGACCUACCACUCCAACCCCUAUUCGCAAGACGGUUCAGAUUCAGCUCCCACCGCCACCUUCAGCCAGCCUAGGGCAGAGCUCGGAGGGGCAGCCACUGCAGGAAGAUGAUGAGGAAGAAGAGCUGGAAGUCUACAAGGAGACCCCACAGAAGGUCUGCCCUCAGACAUGCUCUCCCACGCCCAACCGAGCCGCCCAGCGGAUGACACAAGCCAGAUCCCAGUUCUGGUCACAAGGCUGGGAAAGCCAACGUGUGCCCAUGAGCGUAAUUCGGUCUCUGGGUCCCCAGACUGACCGCACCGACAUCGUCAUCUCCAUCGAGCCUGAUACCUUGGAGGACAUCACCAAAGGCCGUCGCGAUCACGAGUUUAGGGAGUAUAAAUUCCCUCCCACCGUACUCCGGGUGUGGAUGUUUGCCACUCAUCCCGUGGAGGAGGUCAAGUAUAUGGCUGUGCUUGGACCACCGAAGCAGCCGGGGGAGAUUGAUGAGGACAGUGGUUACAACGGAAACGUAGAGUUUAAUGCCGGGGAGACCAAGUUCAAGUGGGCGUAUGAGUUGGUGCAGGUUUAUCGGUUGAACAACCCGGUGCCGUUGGAGGAUAUGGAAGAGCACGGGAUGGGGAAGGGGGCGCCGGUGAGGUGGCAUUAUUUGCCGCCUACGGCGGUGGGGCAGUUGAUGGCUAACUUGAGGAAUGCGUUGUUUUUGGAGCCGGGACAGGAGGUGCUGGAGGCGGAGCAGUUUUUGAGGGAUGGGUAUCAGGUGGUGGAGGAGGUGGAGGAGGAGGAGGAGGAGGAAGACGGGGAUGAAGAAGAGGAGACACAGGGAAUAACUGGGGUGACGGUAUCACAGCAGUUGGAGCAGCAGCUGAGAAGCGACAUCAUUCAGUCGACGCAGAUGGUCAAGAGAAAGAGCGUCAGUGUUCUUGAGGAUGACGAUGACUUGGAGUAUCUCAACGAUGAUACUGUCAUUCCCGCGAGUCCAGAGCAGACACUCCCGCCGAUGCCAGUCACUGAUUUCACCCGGCCAAGUGCACCGCGAUCCAGCCAAAGGAUCCGGAAUCAGCAACGGCCUAGCACACCGUCCACAGUUCGUCGGGUUGAAAAGACGAGAAACACCGUUGGUCUGUCUCAGGCGACAACGGCGAGUAACUACUCUAGCCCUGCUACAUCUCCUCAAAAGUCUAUGGGGGCAUCUGUGCCACGACCUCAUAUGCCUGGGUCGAGCGAGCUGUCGCUGCCGGACUUGGGUGUCGAGAUGGACGAUGAUGGGGAGACCCAGCUGCCCGUGCCGAGGGGAAUCAUUGCUUCGUCUUCGCAGGUGUUUGGUACGGCGCUGGAUAGUUUGGAUUUGGGGAUAGGUGCGGAGAAUGUGAGACGGCCGCCGAGUGUAAUUUAUGAUUCGGAUAAGGAGUAGGAUUGGGAUCUGUUAUGCUAGGGUCAUCUUUUGUGGGGGUUUUCAGUGAAGAAGGAUAAUAAUGGGGAGUAGAAAUGGGUGGGUGAGGUAUUGGGAUACAUUGGCUGAUAGCAGUCUGGCUGCACUGGCAUGGGUGGGCAUUUACCAAUUAGACGAUGAGGGACACGGGACCUACGGCGUAUAUUGUACUUAGGGGGUUGGUCGUUAUUGAAUAUGUGCUCUAUGGAAUUUGACAUGCAAA